AUGUCUGAGGCUGUAGGUUCUAUUUGGAAUGCUAAUAAUUGGCAUUGGGAAGAAAAGAAUUACGACAAAUGGGGCAAAGAGAAACUGAAGUCUAUGAUAGAAGCAUUUGAAUAUAAAUUCCCACCACCUAACGAAAAUCUAGUGAUACAUCUUUCUUGUACCAAAGUUUCAGGUGAGGCUUCAGUUUCUGUUAGGAAGAAGAGGCCUAUUCUUGCAUAUGAAUUUGAAAUUACAGCUAAUUGGUUAGCCAGAUAUAGUGACAACAAUGACAAAUGCCUUACUGGUUCUUUGACUAUCCCGGAAUUUUCGGUAGACAACUACCAAGAACUUUAUCCUAUUAAAAUCUCCAGUAACUUAGAUUUAGGGGAGAUGAGUAAUUUAGUAGUUAAAGAAGUGAAUAAUAGUUUAGUCAGUGAACUUCGUAAUUAUUUAAAGAGAUUUCAUGAUUUGUUACUAGAGGCAGAAAGCAAUCGUCUCAGACUUAUUGCAGUCAAUGAGAAACGUGAGCAGGAAACUAAAACAGCUCAAAUAGCUCAAGCUAUUAAGGGUGAAGAGAAAUCGGAAAUAUAUAGAAAGCAAAUAGAAGAGGAAAAGCAGAGACAAAAAACAAGUAGUGGAAAUAUCUCCAAUGCCCAAGGCAGCUUGUGGAAUACUGGAUCAUGGCAUUGGGAAGAAAGACCAGAAAUGAAUUGGGUUAAAGAGACUUUCAAACAAAGAAUAGAAUCACUUCAGAUUAGAAUUGAUAGUCUCAAUGCAAUUAUUGAAUUUUCAGGAGUCUCUGUAACAGGAGAAGCAUCCUCUAGUGUAAGAAAGGGAAAGAAAAUUUGUGUAUUGGACUGCUCUAUAACUUGCAACUUCAAAGCUUAUGUUACUUUAGAACAAAACUCAGAUAAGAAAUUCUACUUAACAGGUUUAAUAUCAGUUUCUGAACUGAAUAUGAUAGACACUGAUGAGUAUACAAUCAAAAUAAUCUUUGAUUCUUGUCCAUUAGGAAUCUCUAUUACAGAAAUUCCAGACUUUAUGAAGAUAAAAAUGAGCGUUGAAGAUAACAUUCACAAAAGUUUAGAUAAUCUAAUAAAAAUAUUUAUAGAUGAUUUUGUGAAAAGAUAA